AAUCCCGCAGGGCUCUCCUCGAAGCAUUCGGGCCCUCCGGCGGCCGCCCCCGCGCGGAGAGGAGUCCUAGCACGUAUCGCGCGGGUUAGCCGUCGAUUUUGGCUGCCGGCCUCGGCCCACAAAUCGACCUCAGACUGCCGCAUUUGUGCCUCUGCGCUGUAGGCGUGCACAACAGCAGUCGCUACGCACCCAUUCGCUUGCCCAGCAACGCUCCCGGCAACGCUAAGCCGCGUCCAGCUCCUCACUCAGGCAGCCCAGACAAAAAAAUAGCACAGCAAACCACCGCGCGCACGGAAUAGUCCACGACUCGCAGCGUACGACGCACGCCAGCCGCCGCAGCAAUCCAACAAACAAACAAAUGGCCGCCAACCUCAACGCGCAGCUCGAGCAGGAGGCCGGCGAGGAGCUCCAGGCGUAUAAGACCUUGCAAGGCCACGUCGAGCAAUUACUCCAAUCGAGGGGAAGGUUCAUCCAGCAACGCGUGGAGAAUGAGGCCGUACGAGACGAACUAGCCCUGGACGAGGGCGCGAGCGUGUACAAGACCGUCGGUCCCGUUUUAUUUAAGCAAGACUACGACGAGGUCAAGGAGAACGUCGCCAAGCGCCUCGAGUUCAUCGCCAAGGAGGUCCAGAAGGUCGACGACCAGGUCAAGGCGAAGCAGGAGGAGCAGCAAAAAAUCGGCGAGUUGAUCAUGAAGAAACAGACGGAGCUGCGGGCGAAGGCCGCGGAAGAGGCGAAGAAGGUGUACGAGGAGCAGAUGGCUAAGCAGGCCUAGUUUUUUGA